GUUUGGUACCGAGUUACUUUAAUUUCGGACAACAUGAUUGCUAAAGGCCAUUCUCCCAUCAAAUGAGUCUAUAAAUUUGGUUUCAUAUCACCCGCAAUUCACUGCAACCCACAAUUCUCUCUCUCACUGCUUUUCAUCUCAUUCUCCGGUUGUCUUCCUAGAUCUCUAGCUAUUGAUAAAGAGGAAUACGGAGAGAGAGAGAGAGAGACACAGAAAUAAAGCAAGCAGCCAAAUAACAAAAUAGGAAGAUAAAAUAGGAGCAAAAAUAUAAAAAGGCUACUGUUCUUGCUAGUCCUCCCUGAGCUAUAGUUGGUGACUGUGUUGGGGUUGGAUAGGAAGCUGCAAUGGCCACCUUUGCGGGAACCACACAGAAGUGCACCGCCUGCGACAAGACCGUGUAUUUGGUCGAUAAGUUAGCUGCAGAUAACCGUGUGUACCACAAAGCCUGCUUCCGAUGUCAUCAUUGCAGGGGCACCCUUAAGCUCAGCAACUAUUGUUCUUUCGAGGGGGUCCUGUACUGCAGGCCUCAUUAUGAUCAACUCUUCAAGCGAACAGGCAGCCUGGACAAGAGCUUCGAGGGAACACCCAAAAUCUUGAAACCAGAAAAACAUCUCGACGAGAAUGCUAAGGCAGUCUCCAACAUGUUUGCUGGCACCAGAGAGAAAUGUGUGGGGUGCAACAAGACCGUUUACCCGAUUGAGAAGGUAUCGGUUAAUGGGACCCCAUACCAUAGGAGCUGCUUCAAAUGCACGCAUGGAGGUUGCACCAUAAGCCCAUCUAACUACAUUGCUCAUGAAGGAAAGCUCUAUUGCAAACACCACCACAUCCAACUCUUCAAGGAGAAAGGGAACUACAGCCAGCUUGAGAGCGACCGUGAAAAUAAUCCGAUGACCGAGAGCGCCUCUGCCAUGGAAAUUGCUGCUGAAUCAUAAACCCAACUUCAACGAAUUCUCACGUAGCACCCACCCUUUAUGGUUUAUAAUUCUGUCUUGUUUGUAAAAUAAUGUCCAAUUUAAGAACUUUGUUAUAGAAGUUGUGGGUAUUCGGAUGUACCGUUGGAGAUUUGUUUCUGUACGAUCACGUGAUUUCUCUCAUAUAACGUGCCGUUUGGUGACUUUGUUUCC